AUGGGUUGGUCACUGGAGGCAAUUAUCGCGCUUAUUACUUUACUGAUUACCGGCCCGCCAUCACUUGUGCUACUCUGGAUUCAUUUUCAAGAACGCAGGGAGUCUGCUCCGUCUGAUCGAGAACACUCUGUCACCCUUCUGUGGAUGUCAGAAAGUGAAUAUUUCGGAUACAACGAGCGCAUUCUCGAAGGCGGUCUUGUCGACUAUCGCAUUCCAGCUAGUUAG